AUGGUGUCUACACUGAGCGGUCCCUCCAAGCUUGGCCGCAUGAACAGAGAAGGGUAUUCUCCUCCCAGUGAUGUUGAAAUGCGAGGCAUGACCAACAGAUGCGAGCCCUCGGGUCAUCAACAUUCGUCCAGUCACCAUAGCUCAUCGGAGCUGCCCCAAGGACCGAGGCCGGUCUUCGGCCAAGCUUCUAGCGGAGAAGACAUCGAAACCUCUUCAAACAAGAAGCAGAAGCUAGGGCAUCCAAAGGUAGGGUCCUUGGCUAGCAAACCUUCCCCGUUGGAGCAAAUUCUGGCAAAGCUCUCCCCUCAAGGCCGCUCCGGGAUGGUGUCGGAGGCAGGUGGAUCUGCUAGCUCGCCGCAAAUCGUCUCAACGAAGGAGUCAUUACCUGCUACGACAUCGACGGAGGUUGCAGGAGCAUACACAUCGGAUGAGAAAACGACAGAGCUUCUACGACUUAAGCAGGAACUGCUUGCUGCCAAUUCUAAGAUUGCUCUGCAGGAACAGGAGCUGGCUCAGACACGCGUUAUCAAGCAUACACUGGACCAAGCCCUCGGCCCUCCCUCUGAGGCGGACUUUGGUGCUCGUGAUAUCACGGAUCAGACCAUAUGUCAUUUGCAGAGUGCUUUCAAUGCCUCACAUCCCGGAUUUGGUCAGCUCCAGGAUACUUGGAAUCCGCAGGAUGACUCGCAGUCUGAUGUCUCAGAUACUUUAUCCGCUGGCACUUACAAUCGCGCUCGUGGGAUUUGGACCCAGGGUAGUCAGCCCGCAUACAGUGUUGCAGGCAGCGAGCUUCCGUUCGAAAAGGUCUACGGAGACUCUCGCCAUGGGGCAAACACCGCAGGACAGUUUCACCAGCUCUGGAAUGGCUCAAAUCCGAGCUCCUUUUAUACGUCUCCGGCUUUGCAAACACAGAGGAUACCUUCCAACCCCUCUACUAGUGUAUACGGAUUUUGUGCGCGCUCUCCAAUCGAACAGCCCCGGUAUUCUCAAGGUCCAUUGCAAGUGCAAAACCCCAUUCCCCGCCGUUCUUUUGCUCCGACAAACGUUGCUGGGACUCUGUUUCCACCCCCAAGUAAUCCCUGGACCGGCUUCACUUCCGAGGCGACGACCGGAGACUCGACUCCAAAGUCUCCCACGUCUUCGACUACUAGAUCUUCCAGCGUAAUACAGGCAGUUGGAAUGUAUCCAUUUGCUUAUCACGCCCGACAAGCUGGAACGACACUAUCUCCAACAGCCACGGAGUUCACAACUAGCAGCCCCGAGGCAAGUCCAUGGCCACUUCCACCCCAAUCGAUUGCCGGGAGCUCGACUCAUACAUACAUAUCGCCCCUCGAGCCCCUGAACUACAGGCGUCUCCUCGACAAGAACGUCUCUUGUGAUUGGAAAUACAUCGUUGACAAGAUCGUCUGCAGUAAUGACCAACAAGCAUCCAUUUUCCUCCAGCAGAAGCUCAAAGUCGGCACAACUGAACAGAAAUAUGAUAUCAUCGAGGCGAUUGCUAGCCAGGCAUAUCCGCUAAUGGUAAAUCGGUUCGGCAAUUUCCUCAUCCAGCGCUGCUUUGAACAUGGUACCUCCGAGCAAGUCGUGUCCAUUGCCAACGCCAUCAGGGGCAACACUCUCACCUUGAGCAUGGAUCCAUUUGGUUGCCAUGUUAUCCAGAAAGCCUUCGACUGCGUGCCGGAGGAAAACAAAGCAUUGAUGGUGCACGAACUUCUCCGCCGGAUUCCCGAGACGGUAAUCCACCGCUACGCUUGCCAUGUUUGGCAAAAGCUCUUCGAGCUCCGCUGGAGUAGUAGCCCCCCCUCAAAUCAUGGCCAAAGGAGUUUGGUGGUGCAGAACAUAUUCGAGAACUGUGUUGAGGAAGAGAAGCGGCCGGCAAUUGAAGAGGUACUGGUAAAGAUAGACGUACUCUCUCACGGUCAGUUCGGAAACUGGUGUAUUCAACAUAUUUGCGAGCACGGUGCUCCGCUCGAUAAAAGUCGAGCUACCGACCAUGUGCUUCACUGUGCUGUUGAUUACAGCAUGGACCAGUUUGCAUCCAAGAUUGUCGAGAAAUGCCUGAAGAUCGGAGGCUCAGACUUUCUGGAUCACUACCUUUCUCGAGUAUGCACGGGUCGUACUAAUAGGCCUCGCAUGCCGUUAAUCGACAUUGCCGGUGACCAAUACGGCAAUUACUUGAUCCAAUGGAUUCUAAUGAAUGCCGCACCCUGCCAGCGUGAGAUUGUUGCAGGUCAUAUUCGAAAACACAUGGUCUCCCUUCGGGGAUCCAAGUUUGGAUCUCGGGUCGCGAUGUUAUGCUGCAACCCAUCACACACCACUCGGCCCGGUCCUGGGACUGGCAUGCAGAUCGGGCGCUUCAAUCAAUUCAACGAAGAGCGAUUUUCAUCAUCGCAGCAGAAUGGAGGCCGGUAUAACCGCGGGAACCAGUGGAGUCCAGGCUAUGUGCCAUUCCGCUAG